AUGAAGUCGUCAUUCUUGUCGAUAUUUUUGCUAGCUCGCCGAUCCAUCUGCACUGGCUCGCCAUUGUACCAGUAUGAUCCUGACACAGUGAAAGACUGCGUCGAGUGGUACAACAACGACGAAGGCGAUACCUGUGACCAUGUGCGGAAGUACUUUGGCAUCACUCCAGCAGAAUUUGUGGCUUGGAACCCUUCCCUCAACACCAACUGCGAGCCAUGGUACGAGUGGACAUCGUACUGCAUCGUCACCGAAACGAAGCUAAACGCCACGUUGCCAACGACAACCUCGUCCUCCAAAGUCUCUUCCAGUACGAGCAGUGUCGCCACACUUGCGCCGUCUCCAACUGCCUGGACGUCACUCGGCUGCUAUGUGGAAAAUCCCGACAUGCCAAUCCUGGAGCAAAACAUGAACCCGAACGGCGACUCAUCCCUCACCAUUCCCAAGUGCAAGAACAGUUGUUACCGCCGUUCAUUUGGUUUCGCGGGCGUACAGAAGGGCAAUCAAUGUUGGUGUGGUAGCUACGUUGGUGGAAAUUGGGCGAGCAACCAAACAAGCUGCAACUCGACAUGCACUGGCGACAAGAACACAUUCUGUGGCGGAAAUGGAUUCCUCAAUAUCUUCAAGGCUCAGCAGAAUCAGGCAACUACUUCUCCUACUUCUGCUGCUGCUUCUGCCACUACUUCUGCCACUACUUCUGCCACUGCUUCUGCUGCUACUAUUGUGUCUAACGCUGGUGCUAACAAGCUCAGUGCGGUAAUAAGGAAUGCAGGCUUGGGGGGACUAUGGGCUAUCUAA